AACUGUCAUGGCCACUUUCAAGCACUCCUUCAACCACGCCGGUUUCAAGGGCGAUGUCGAGGUUCCCGUUGACCUCUACAUCAACGGCAAGUACGUCAAGUCUGCCGACAAGAACGCCAAGACCAUUCCCGUUGUGAACCCCACCACUGGCGAGAAGCUCUUCGACCUCCCUGAGGGUACCGAGGCCGACGUCGACCUCGCCGUCAAGGCCGCCCGCAAGGCGCAGGAGACCACCUGGGGUGAGAACGUUCCGGGCUUUGAGCGCGGCAAGCUCCUCCUCAAGCUCGCUGAGCUAGUCGAGCGUGACGCCGACAUCCUCGCGUCGCUCGAGGCCCUCGACAACGGCAAGACCUUCGGCGCCGCCCGUGGCUUCGAUGUUCCCGAGUCGGCCGCCUGCUUCCGCUACUACGGCGGCUGGGCUGACAAGAUCCAGGGCAAGGUCAUCGACCAGUCCAAGGACAAGCUCAUCUUCACCCGCCACGAGGCCGUCGGUGUCUGUGGCCAGAUCAUCCCCUGGAACUUCCCCCUCCUCAUGUUCGCCUGGAAGCUCGGCCCGGCCCUCGCUACUGGCUGCACCAUUGUUAUGAAGCCUUCUGAGCUCACCCCCCUCACCGCCGCCUACAUGACCAAGCUCAUCUCCGAGGCCGGCUUCCCCGAGGGUGUCGUUAACGUCGUCAACGGCUACGGCCAGACCGUCGGCAAUGCCAUCUCGGGCCACAUGGGCAUUGACAAGGUUGCCUUCACCGGUUCGACUGCCGUUGGCCGUAAGAUCAUGGAGUCGGCUGCCAAGUCCAAUCUCAAGAAGAUCACUCUUGAGCUCGGCGGCAAGGGCGCCAACAUCAUCUUCGACGACGCCGACCUCGACUCUGCCGUCCGCUACGCCGCCCAGGGCAUCUUCUUCAACCACGGCCAGACUUGCUGUGCCGGCUCGCGUCUUUACGUCCAGCGUGGCAUCUACGACAAGUUCAUUGAGAAGUUCCUUGCCGUUUCGAAGAAGAUCAAGGUCGGAGACCCGUUCGGCGCCGACACCUUCCAGGGCCCCCAGGUCUCGCAGACCCAGUACGACCGCAUCAUGAACUACGUCGAGUGCGGCAAGGCUGAGGGUGCCAAGGUCCUCACUGGCGGUGAGCGCCACGGCAAGGCCGGCUACUUCAUCGAGCCCACAGUCUUCGGUGACGUCAAGCCCAACAUGAAGAUUGUUCAGGAGGAGAUCUUCGGUCCCGUCAUCGUCGUCGCCGCCUUCGACACUGAGGAGGAGGUUAUCGCCGCGGCCAACGACUCGAUCUACGGCCUCGCCUCGGGUGUCUUCUCCCAGAACCUCCAGAAGGCUCACCGCGUCGCCAACGCCCUCAAGGCCGGCACCGUCUGGGUCAACUGCUACAACGAGCUUCACUCGCAAGUCCCGUUCGGCGGCUUCAAAGCAAGUGGUCAUGGGCGUGAAUUGGGAGAAUACGCCCUUAGCAACUACACGGAGAUUAAGGCCGUACACGUCCGCUUGACCGGUUACGUGGGCCCUGUUCCUCCGGCGUGAGCGCGCGUAGUGUCGGAAAAAGCAGCACAGUAUAGCAGCAGACGAGUGGUUUAUGCAGGACUUCUUUGAG